AUGGCACCUCAAUCUGGCCACGUCGGCCUCGUGCUCCCGCUCUGCACCUCUGCUGCGACUGUGGGCCUGGCGCUCUACCAGUAUCCCGUGUUCCUCUCAUUCUCCCAGCCAAACUCGGCCAUCGCAGGCAAACCUUUGUCGCAGUUCUGGGAGUCAAUGGUCAAAAGCGGUCGAGCUUUAAUCGCUGCUCUCGCACUGUCGUCCACACUUGGCGGCACGCUCGUUUCUCGCUGGCUACGAAACCACGCGACACUGGAGACAGGAGACGUAUCCAAAUGGUACAUUGCGGGCAGCGUGCUCGCUGCGGGACAUCUGGCUGCAGUGCCUCUGCUGGCGGGGCCAGUACAGCGCAUCAUCGCGGCUCAGGCAAGUGCGCAGUCGGAGGAGGCGGUUGCUGAGGCGAAUAGGCAAGAGAUGCAAACUUGGUUGACUCUGCACACUGCACGCCUGUUGCUCAUUGAUCUGCCGGCUUUGUGGUGCUUUGCAGAGGGUACUAGUCAAGCAUUCUGGGUUGGCCACUAG